AUGGCUCCCAACGGUCCAGCUGUCACAUCAGCAAACUCCAACGGUCAGGAACAGAGGAACAAAGCCCCACACACGGCCGAUGCUAGCUGGGAAAAAGUGGCUCGACUCCCGAUGCAACUUAAAACAACUAAUAACUUAGGCGAGUGGAGUUACGCCCAGAAGAGAGGAAGAAGAAACCAAAACAACGGGAAUCAAGGGGGCACAGUUAAAGCCAACGUUCAGGGAAAAGGCAAUCAAGCUUGCCGGCCACAAACGAACCCCUUUGCACCCCUUGCCGGGAUGGAGAAUGACCAAACAGAACAACCUCCAAAGGACAAAAACCAGCCGUCAUCUUCACAAUUCGGUAACCACAACUUUCAUUUUAAUACUAAUCCAUUGGAUCCACUGAUAUUUACCCAUUUUGAUAGGUACCAGGGAAUCAGAAAGGAGCAAACAGAACCAAUAGUAGACAAACCACCCGACCUUGCCAGUGCUUUCCACAUAAAAUCCAAAUUAAAGGUGAGGUUGGAGAAGAGCUCCCGGCCACCGGACAUACAAGGCGAACAACCGGCUGAGGAAGAUGUCGAGAUGUUCAAUUCGGCGGAAGACCAACGGAGUGUGGUUGAGUAUAACCACAGGUCGGAAGCCGAUGAGGAGAUCUUGCCGGAUAUUGGCAGGAAGCAUAGGAUUGAUCUUAUUGCUGUCUUCAAACCUCACAUUAAUGGUCAGGAUGCACUAAAUGUAAUUAAGGAAAUUGGGAUGAAAAACUCCCAUAGAGUAGAGGCUGUUGGUCGUUCUGGCGUAUGGGAUGAAGUUGUAAAAGGAAUAAGGUGGCUGAUUGGUGAUGGGAGAAAGACCUUUUUCUGGCUGGAUAACUGGGUGGAUGUUUCAGGCGAACCACUUCGUUUGUAUGCAAUGCCACUGUUACCACCUGAGCAAUUGGCAAGAAUCAGAGCUAUUCCACCGCCUUCACAGAACCUGGGAAGAGAUCGCCUGGUGUGGAGAUUCAUGGAAUCCGGGAGAUUUACUACAGCAACAACAUACAAUGCAUCGAUGGAGCAGAAUUGGACACCACUAGACAAGGACUGGGGACUGAUUUGGCACUGGAAAGGGCCAAAAAGGAUUAAACUGUUCCUAUGGUUGAUGUUCAGGGGGGUAUUGAUGACAAAUUCUGAAAGAAAAAGGAGACACAUGACGGAUGAUGGAAGCUGUCAAUCUUGUGGAAAUGAAGAAACACUGUUCCACGUGUUUAGGGAUUAUUUUCGGAGCAAGGAAUUGUGGAGGAGCAUCAAUUCAAAUUUAGGGGUUGCUUUCUGCAGAAACGAAGAAAUUUUCAGAGAUACCUCAAUCACUCAAAGAUCUCUGAGAUUCGCAAUAUAUGCUCUUGUUGAAGAGAUUGAUCGAGCAAAGAAGAUUUUUGUCCAAAAAGUUUGCAAGCAGCCUACCCAGGCUGGUGUCAGCAGGCAUAAUAGACGUCCCCUUCGACAAUGGACUCCACCAUCAGCUGAUCAAAUCAAGAUCGAUUCGGAUGGGGCAUUCUCUUUAAACACCAACAAGGCAGCAGCUGGGGGAGUUUUGCGGAACACUUAUGGUGAAUGA